AUGGACGCAAUUGUUCCCUCAGCCAAUAACUCCUUGCGACAGGCCGCCGAGGCUAUGUCGACCAUUCUAAGCCGACGAAAUAUCCAUCAUGCUGUAAUUGGUGGGGUUGCUGUCCUACUCCUUGGCCACGAACGUCAGACAUCAGACCUUGAUGUAGUCAUCGACGUAAAGAAUGCUGAAGAACUGGACCUUGUUUCCGACUACCUCAUCGAGGGCGAUGCCCGCUUCUCGAAGGAAUGCCUCAAGCUCUACUUUACACCAUCCGAGGGUCAACAGUCCCGUGUUCUUAUUGAACGACUUCCGAUCGGAUCACUCGGGCUUCCUACGCAGCUCAACAUACUUCGGCCCGGAUUGGUCCCGGUUUUGCACCCGAGAAUUCUCAUCCUGACAAAGAUCAAACGCUGCUCCUGGCUGAUUGAGAGCACGCGACCAAAAUCCAGGCUCAAGUUCUUGUCCGAUGAAAGCGACAUCGAAUUCCUUAUCGAAUGGCUGGUUGAACAUGACGAAAAGAUAGACUUUGUCGGCUACCAGUCACCCGAUAUGGACAGGUUAUAUACAGCUGUGCAGAAGAUGGUGAAAUUCUGGGAAAGGACUGGAAAGGAAGAAAAAGCACAGAGGAUUUGCUUGGUGCUUGAGAAUCGUGACCGCGAAAGGAUCAUGAGAUAA